GGAGCAUACGGUUGCUGAAAUGAAGCUGCGACAUGAUGCCGAGGUGGAAAAGGAGACUAACAAGAAAGCUUAAGAAGACAAGGCGAAGAAAACAAAGAAGAGGAGGAAAGGCGUGCUGCUGAGAAGCAAGACCGUGAAGAGUUUCGGAAGCAGUUGACGGAUUCUAUGAACACUCGGCUCGAUGGGGUUGUGAAGCUCUUGAGGGAAAAAGGCAGCACAAACGAAAUCGAGACGUUACGCAAGGAGGUUGAAAGAUUGAGUGGGAGGAAUGCCCAUGCGGAGGGGUCGACUGGUUCGGUACACGCGAAGAACCUUGACAACGAUGGGCUGUUGGCCAGAUUGCUUGCGGAACAAGACAGGAUGAAAGUGCAACUUGAUGAAGCUAUUGCUGCCAAGAAACGCUUGGAAGCGGUGGAGAAGGAGAUGUCGGAGGUCGUCCAGGUCAGGGACGAAGCACGGGCUGGCGCUGUGAAGUGGCAGGAGGAGGCUUUGAGACCGGGCAAAAGAGGAUGUAUUACACUAUCAACGCCAGCCAAGACUGUUACGCGUCCCUCCGGAUGCACUCCUCUGAAGUCCCCCGUGGCCUCUGUUGAUCUGAAAAGGGUGGCCGACAUGCAUCGGCUCAAGGUCGAGACUAUUCAGGAGAUGAGGGUACGUGAGUUCAAUGCCAGACGGGAAGCUGAGCAGGAACUAGAAAAGGCAAAGGAACGGAUCGCUCAGAUGGAGAAGAGAUAACGUCAGGGUGGGAGAAGCUGCAGAAGACUCCUCGCUCGAACUUGCGAGUCAGGAUGGAAGAAGCGGUUACUGGGAAAGGAAAAAAGAAGACGGUACAAGGAAAGGAUAAUGAGGGUCGUGCCGCAUUCAUCAAGGAUGCUAGAAAGGAUCUGCGUGGUUUGACCAAGGAUGCUUUGACUGCUAUUUGUGAAAAAAGGGAGUGAAAUAUGCUGGAGUUAAGCAAACUGUGGAGGACAUCAUUUCUCAUCGUGUCAGCAAGGCCUUCCCAUCGACCGGUGUUGCAGUUGAGAUCUCUGAGGACCGGGUCGAGGCGGUCAACGAUGAGGAGUCCGGGGGAGACUCUGCCCUUUCUUAGUGUCUCUCCCGGACGUGACGACGUUGUGGAAUCUUUAUCGGAACUGUUGUAAGUUCCGUAGUGCCUCCUCUUCCUUUUUACGGUGCCAGGAUCUUAAUUCUUUCCUUUAGAUCGUUGUUAUUGGUUUAAUUCUUGGUGGUUGUGUUCCUUGGGCUAGUAAAUUUGUGGGUCAUAU